CAACGGCCAGAGUAGUCACCCCCCUCCCCCGCCCCCAGUGAGGCGAUCGUCGCUAUAACUGCUGACCAAAGCCACCGAGAGCAGCGAGCGUGUCAAAGCCGAGCGCGGCGACACCGAGAGCCCCCUUCACCUGCCUCCCGGGCAGAAGGGCAGUGUGGAGGCCCGGAAGGAUGGUGCAGUCCUGUUCCGCCUACGGCUGCAAGAACCGCUACGAUAAGGACAAGCCCGUCUCCUUCCACAAGUUCCCUCUGACCCGGCCGAGUCUCUGCAAACAGUGGGAGGCAGCCGUCAGAAGGAAGAACUUCAAGCCCACGAAGUACAGCAGUAUCUGUUCAGAGCACUUCACCCCGGACUGCUUUAAGAGAGAGUGCAACAACAAGCUGCUGAAGGAGAAUGCUGUCCCCACGAUAUUCCUCUGUGUCGAGCCACAUGACAAGAAGGAAGAUCUGGACCCCCAAGAACAGCUUCCCUCUCCUCCUUCACCCCCCACCUCCCAGGUCGAUGCUGCUAUUGGGUUGCUGAUGCCUCCUCUCCAGACCCCCGAUAAUCUCUCGGUUUUCUGUGACCACAAUUACACCGUGGAGGAUACGAUGCACCAGAGGAAGAGGAUUCAGCAGCUGGAGCAGCAGGUUGAAAAGCUCAGGAAGAAACUCAAGACUGCUCAGCAGCGGUGCCGAAGGCAGGAGAGACAGCUGGAAAAGCUGAAGGAAGUCGUGCACUUCCAGAGAGAGAAAGAUGACGCGUCGGAAAGGGGCUACGUUAUUCUCCCACACGACUACUUUGAAAUUGUGGAAGUACCAGCAUGAAAAAAUGAGAUGUAUUAGUGGGACAAGACCACGUGCUCCCUUCUAGCCUACUUACAGGAGUUCAUUUGAAAAAAUAGCACUUGAUUACUUGUUUAAAAAAAAUCAGAAUAUUUUUUUAAAAUAAAUUAGUUAUAUACUGUAAAAUUGUAAAUUUUUUGUUUGUAAUUUCAGAGUUUUUACAUUUUAACAAAAUAUUUAAAAAAAUUCUUAGACCACCAAUAUAACGUUGUAUAUUGGUUUCAAGAUGGUGGAUUGUUUUUCAUUUGAGUAUUUAUAGAAAUAAUGUACAAAUGAAAAGUAGAGAGGAUAAUGGUGCGGUGAAGAUGAUUUAAGUUUAAAAGUUAAAAUUAAUGUCCUUUAUUGAGAGAACUUAUUCUAAUUUAAAUCAGAAGUGUAAGAGAUCAUAGGACAGCCUCUCAGAAUAUAGAGAUGUACAUAUGCAUUUGUAUUUAUAGUCAGAGCUUCAUUUAUUUUUCUCAAUCACUUGUCAAAAUAAACUGUCAAGUCAACAUUUGAGGAAAACAAUAUUUUGCUGUCUUUAGAAGAGAAAGUCAUUCCUUAUUUAAUCAAUAACUUCAUAAAGUAGAUUUUUUAAAAAGUGGAUCCUUUUCUUCCAUAGCUUUGUAAAACUGGAAGUGUGUCUUGGGGAGUGAAGGCCUCAAAAUGAGGUAUUGGUUACCAGCAAAUGAAACUUGGGCCUGCUAGGUGGUCCCUGGGUGAAGGUGCUUGUCAUGCAAGCCUGGCCACCCGGCAGCCCAAGUGUGACCCCUGGGAUCCACGUAAAGCUGGAAGGAGAGCGCCGGCUCCACAGGUUGUCUUCAGACCUCCACGUGUGUACUGUGGCUUGUCUGCACACUUUCAAAACAUAAACUCGGGACCUGAUUCCCGAUACGUUCUCAUUAUCCCCUAGCUAAAGGCAUCUUCGUUCUAGAGCUGUAGUUCAUCUGCAUUCAAACCUCUAACAAUAUUUUAGUGGAGUUUGGUUUGUAUCAGAAUAUGGUAAUUUCCCCCUUAACUGUUUGAUUUUGGUCAAGACAUUGCAUAAAAGUGAUUUUUUUUCCAUUAAAUUAGAAAUUAUAUCUAAUUUACUUCAAGUGGCUUAUGUUCAACAGUAACGUGCUGUGUUUAUGACCUCAAGUGUUGAGAAUUAACUCUUGCAGUUUCUGUUCCCACUGUGGAUUGUGUUCUGCCUCUGUGAGAAAGCUUACGUACGUUUGAAAUGACAAUAUGUUCUAAGUAGACAAAUUCAGAAGAAUUCUCUAUUUAGGUUUAGGAGAACCGUAUUUUAUAUUUCAGCACACUGUAGUUAGCGAGCAGACCU